CGAGCCCUCCGGACGCCAUGCUCCCUCAGUUGCUUGUAAGUCUCGUCUGCAUGAGCCUGGCGGCGGCCACGCCAUUCGCCCAGGCACCGCUGCCAGGCCAAGAGGGUUACCAGUUGCAGGCGCCCGCGCGAAUACCUUCGGAAGUCUUCAGCGCCCCCACAGUACCCCCACCGCCGCCUCCGACGCCCAGCCAGCUGUACGCCACGCCCCGCCAGCAGGAGCAAGAGCCCGCCGCUGCCCAGCAGCCCACUGUUGUUGAAGAUGCUCCUCGCGCUGUAGGGCCUCCUGCCCCGCCCCCUAUGGAAGGCAUGCCCUACGAGUUCGAGUGGGACGUGAACGACGUGGAGAACGGCCUAGUCUACAGCCACCAGGAGAGCUCUGACGGCGUCGUGGCCCAGGGCGAGUACCGGGUCCUCCUUCCCGACGGGCGCCUCCAGAUAGUCACCUUCGCCGACCGCGGGCAGGGCUAUGAGGCCCAGGUCGUCUACCAGGACUAUAAUGUUUAGGUUUUCCUGCUCCUGUGAAAUAUGUUAGAGGAAGCAGACAAACAGUGGGAGAUAAGAGAGAGAGAGAGAGAGAGAGAGAGAGAGAGAGAGAGAGAGAGAGAGAGAGAGAGAGAGAGAGAGAGAGAGAGAGAGAGAACUAAAGAGAGAAAUAAAAGAUGAAAGGAAGAGUGGUAUUCCGAAUCAAUUUCGAUUUGUGCGGAUCGAUAAUUAGAAUCAGAAUAUAUUACUGUGUAUACAUCACUGGAAUCUGUUGUGAGAUCCUCUAAUAGCGCCAGCAGUGGAAUCUUGUUGUUCAUAGCAUUAAGCAUUCUUUGCGUAUUUCAUGUUGUUGCAUUCUACAAGGUUCACAUACUGUACUGUCCAUCGGGUAUGGAUAUGUGCUUGCUUUUGUUGUUGUUGUUAUAAAGUCUAUUUUCAACAAAUGUAUAAAUACAGUUUCGAUGUUAUCUUUAUUCUUCCGUUGUUGAAAAAGAUAUAUCUUUUAUCUACAGAG